GGUCUCUCUGUGUCUCUCUGCCUUUGCAUCUCCCAAUUGCAAGAGGUUCCUUGCUUUGGAAAGACCAGCACCAUGAUGCCUGGACUGCACUGCAGCCUCUUCCUCCUCUUCUUCUUCUGCUUAACGUCGUGCCAGGAAUCUCCAGCUUCCCAGAGCUGCUUGAAUAAGCAGCAGCUUCUGGCCACCAUCCGUCAAAUGCAGCAAUUCCUGAAAGGCCAUGAAACACGAUUUGUAGAGGGAAUACGCCUCAUGAAACACCGAUUAACAACCCUGCAAAACACAGUGACUAAAGCUCCAACAGAACCGCAAACUGUAUUCUGCCCAAACCUGGAAGUUCCUCUGCAUGGCAAGAGAUUUGGCACCAAGAACAUGGUGGACCACGAAGUCCAUUUCACCUGUGAUCCUGGAUUCCAGCUCGCUGGUUCCAGUUCUCGGAUGUGCCAGUCUAAUGGUACUUGGACUGGAGAAGCUACUCAAUGCAAAGAUGUCAUUGAAUGCACUCCUCAUCUCUGCCAGAAUGGGGGAACAUGUGUCAGUGAAGGUGAACAGUACAAAUGCAUUUGCUCAAAGGACUGGACUGGCUCCAACUGCCAAUACCAAACACAGACAGUUCCCCCCACAUGGAGCGUGACCAACGAUCCCGGAUUCAGUCGUAAACCACGCUGUGCCAAAUUUGACCAUAUGCAGCAAUGCAGCUGUGAAGCAGGCUUCCAUAUGAGUGGCACCUCAGAAAACAGCAUCUGUCAAGAUGUGAAUGAAUGCAAAGUCUACAAGCUGGAAGGAGCCCCACGUCUCUGUAUGCACACCUGCAUCAACAUUCCUGGCUCCUACCUCUGCUCUUGCCCCAGUGGGUACAGGCUCUUCAGCGAUGGGAAAAGCUGUGAAGAUAUUGACGAAUGUGUGCUUUUACUGCACAACUGCACGACAGGAACAAUGUGUAUUAAUACAGGAGGAGGUUUCCAGUGUGUUAAUCCAGAGUGUCCGAAGCCUAAUGGAAAUGUCAGCUAUGUGAAAACAUCCCUGUUUCAAUGUGAGCGGAAUCCAUGCCCGAUGGACAGCAGGUCGUGCCAUUAUGCGCCGAAGACCAUCUCGUUCCAUUACCUUCCUCUGCCCUCCAACCUCGUCACUCCGACCCCACUCUUCCGCAUGGCUACCGCUUCUGCCCCCGGGCGGCCUGGCCCCGACAGCCUACGGUUUGGGAUUGUGGGCGGAAACAGCCGCGGGCAUUUUGUGAUGCAGCGCUCGGACAGGCAGACGGGAGAACUCAUCCUGACGCAAAGCCUGCAGGGACCUCAGGCCACACAAGUGGAAGUGGACAUGUCCGAAUACCUGGGCCGCUCCUUCCAAGCGAAGCACGUUUCAAAGAUCACCCUCUUUGUCUCCGCUUACGAGUUUUAAAAGCAGCUGGUUUAUACAAGGGAGGAAACACAUGACUUACAGACUGCUCCUGUUCAUCAGGAAAUAUUUGUUUUGUCUAACCAUUGGAUCCAGUGAGCUGUGCCACAAUCUCUGGGACUGGCAUCAGGCAUGGCUCUCUGGGCACUAUUUGCCUGCGUUAAUAGAAAUCACUUCUACCUGACUCUGCUAGGAUGAUGGCUCCAUAGCAGGCCUUGUCAAACUUUGGCCUUCCAGGUGUUUUGGACUUCAACUCCCACCAUUCCUAACAGCCUCAGGCCCUUUCCUUUUCCCCCUCAGCCACUUAAGC